CGCCCAAGGUCACCCAAUGGGCUUCCAUGGCCAAGCCAGGAUUCGAACCCUGGUCUCCUAAGGAGGUCUGACUAAGUUGAGAUCCAGCCUUCAGGCUGAACUCCAGCACACACUUUCCUGGGUGUAAGUCCCCAAGAACCAUCCAAGUGGGUGGUGAAUGACAAAAUAAUUCCUCACUAUAAGGAGAGAAUCAAGAAAAUGAAAAUCUUAUGACGUCACUGUGGCUUGAUGGGAAAUGAGCAUGUAUGCUGAAGAGACAAUACUAUAGUUUGGAAAUCAAAGGGGAUCAAAAAUGCAGAAGGAAAACCAGUGAAAGAAUGGGAAGAAGAAAUCCUUUGAGGGUGCUCAUAUGAAAUAAUAAAAGAAAAUAAAGCAUCUAUCUGUAACAAUAUAUUUGCAAUACUAAUUGUACAUAAAAUACAUGAUCGACCUGAGAAACAAACCAUACAGAUUAAUGGAAUUUGGAAAGAACUUCGGUGAGAGUGACUAUCUGCAGUUCACAUCAAGAAACCCAUACAGGAGAAAAACCAUCUGAAUGUAUAGCAAGAGAAACCAAAUAAAUGCAAGGGAUGUGGCAAGUGCUUCAGUGAUAGUGAAAUAUGUACUAAACAUCAAAGAAUUCAUACAGCUGAGAAACAGUUUACAUGCAUGGAAUGUUGACAGAGCUUCAGUCACAUUGGAAACCUAUGUUCAUAUGAAAGAACAUGUAUAGGAACUGGAAGCAUUUGUUGAAAUCAAAGAACCCAAAUAGGGGGAAGAAAUCCUAUGAAUGCAUUGAAUAUGGGAAGAGCUUCAGUUGGAAUGGACAAUUCUAUCCACACCACAGAACUGGUUUGAAACCAUAUAAAUGUAUGGUAUGUGGAAAGAGAUUCAGUCACAUUGGACACCUACAUUUCCAUAAAAGAACUCACACAGAGACGAAACUAUACAAAUGUAUGGAAUGUGGAAAGGUGUUCAAUCAGAGGGGUUCGUAUGCUAAACACCAAAGAAUCCAUAUAGGGGUGAAGACACAUAAUUGUAUGGAAUAUGGAAAGAGAUUCAGUCAGAAAGCAUACCUCUGUUCACAUGAGACAGUUCACCCAAGAGAGAAACUAUAUAAGUGCAUGGAAUGUGGAAAAACUUUUAUUCGUAGCAGUGCAUUGACUAGACAUCACAGAAUCCAUACAGGGGAGAAACCGUAUAUGUGCGGGGAAUGUGGAAAGAGCUUCAGUGAUAGUGGAGCAUGUACUAUACAUCAAAGAACCCAUACAGGGGAGAAACCAUAUAAAUGUAUGGAAUGUGGAAAAACCUUCAGUCAUAGUGGAACAUGUAGUAGCCAUCAAAGAAGUCACACAGGGGAGAAACCAUAUCAGUGCAUGGAAUGUGGAAAGCGUUUUAGUCAUAGUGGAACAUGUAGUAGACAUCAAAGAACCCAUACAGGGGAGAAACCGUAUAUAUGCAUGGAAUGUGGAAAGAGAUUCAGUCAGACUGGAAGCCUAAGUACACAUCAAAAAACACACACAGGGGAAAAACCAUAUACAUGCAUGGAAUGUGGAAAGAGCUUCAGUCAUAGAGGAACAUAUAGCAGACAUCAAAGAACUCAUACAGGGGAAAAACCAUAUACAUGCAUGGAAUGUGGAAAGAGCUUCAGUCAGACUGGAGGCUUACGUUCCCAUGAAAAAACCCACACCGGGGAAAAGCCUUACAAAUGCAUGGAAUGUGGAAAGAGCUUCAGUCGGGGUGAACAUCUCUAUUCACAUCAGAGAACUCACACUGGUUUGAAGCCGUAUAAAUGCAUCCAAUGUGGAAAGAGCUUUAGUCAGAAUGGAAGCCUACAUUCACAUCAAAGGAUACACACAGGGGAGAAACCAUAUAAAUGCAUGGAAUGUGGGAAGUGCUUCAUUCAUAGUAGCGCACUAACUAUACAUCAAAGAAUUCACACAGGGGAAAAACCAUAUAAGUGCAUAGAGUGUGGAAAGAGCUUCAGUAAUAGUGGAGCAUGUAAUAAACAUCGAAAGGCUCACACUGAGGUAAAACCAUGUAAUUCAUUGAAUUUGGAAACAGCUUCAGUGAUAGAGGAACAUGUACUGAAUGUCACUGCACCCACACAAGGGAGAAAGCCAUAUUGAAAUCAAGGUAAUCUACAUUUGCAGCCUUUGAUGAACCAAGAGUGUAAAGUUGUUUUUUUUUUAACAAAAGAGAAAAGAAUAGUCUGGACAAACUUUUUUUGAGAAAUCCAUGGUGAGUCUUAGCAAUGAGAGCAUGCUUAUUAAGUGUUCACAAACUCAUUUUUUAAUCAUAGGUUCAAGAUAUGUAGCUCCCCCCCUCCCAUUUUGAACAUGGAGACAAAAUGCACUCACCUCCACAAGGACCACUCACAUUUUUGAAGAAUUAUCAAUGCUUACAGGUAUUAAUCUGCAAUCUACAUGUUCCUUAGCAUCCUUGGAUGCAGUUUAUCUGGCCCCAUAAAUCUGAAUUCAUUUAAAGUAAAAGUAAUAGUCAUACCACCUCAUUGCUUAUCUUGAGCUGCAGCCUCUUCACUGCCUAACUUGUUAUUUCCCCUUGGCUUGUGCACUGUUUUUCCUUUGGGGAAAGACAGAGUACAAAUAGGUGUUGAACACUUCUGCUUUCUCUCUGUGCCCCAUUCCACUUCUUCUUUUGUUCUUCCAGGAGGGGCUACUCUGACCCAUGCAGAAGCUUGAAUCUUCCUGGUGGACUUGAAGUGUGGAUAGGUGGACUUCAAAGUGUUGUACUUCUUUCCCAGGAGGGCAGCAUCUUUCCACUUACUUGCAAGUAUACAGCUUCCGCCAUCCACUAGCAAGGAGAUAAGCACAGCAUGGAGCACAGGUCACUGGAGUAGUUCCCUCACUGUCAUUGUCCCUGUUAACCGAGAGUACCUUCCCAUUAAGCUCCCACACAAAAUACUUCUGUUUGUUCUCCCUGUUUGCAAGCUCCUGACCACAAGCUCAUAGAGAAUAUGAGGGACACUAUAGAAAGAUAAGGGCUACUGCAUCUCACACACCCACAGACCUGGUCAAUGAACAAGGUGUGGGAAGGGCCAAAUGGUGAGGUAAAAUUAGAAUGGGGGUCAGUGGGGCUGAUGGUCAAGAGAUGGAGGAAUGCAGGGAAGGAUAGGAAGACAAUAUGGUGCCAGUGAAGGUUUAGCUCUUGGAGAGAAGAAGAGAGAGAAGGUAACAGAUUGUUUUCUUUGGCUUGUCUCCCCUUACCUAAUCUGACUUUCACAUGGUUUCUUAGGCUGGAACAUCAUGUCUCUUCUUGAGAUAAUGGGCACUGCCACAGAUUGUUUAAAUACAGAAUGAUAAUCCUUUCACUCUGGUGCACCACCCAGUCAUAUUUUCUGGGAUCAGUUUCAGUUAUUGUGGCCUGAUCAUGUGGGCAAUACAUCAUUGAAUUGUUCUCUUCCAACAUAGGUCAGCCCUACAUAGGUCAGCUGAAUGAAACUACAUGUGAAAGGGAUCAAGGAGUCCAAGUAGACCACAAGUUGAACAUGAAUCAGUGGUGUGAUGCGGCAGCUAAA